UGGAACAAGUUUUCAACCCUUUGGGGCAGGACAGAAAUAUUUUAUUGGGUUUAUCAUUUUAUUUUGUUAUUUCAACGCUUGUUGUGAUUAAGUAAUGGAAAAAGAAAUGCACAAGCACGACUAUUUCGUGGAAUUUUUAUAUAUAAGUCUGUUUGUGCAGUGUUUCCCUGUCAAAUAUUUUCCCUUCCUUCUCUUAGUUUUCUCUGCCAACUCUGCGAGUUCUAUUUUGGAGAAUCCAAUUCCAAGCCUAUCAUUGAAGUGAAAUUCUGUGAGGCAAGGCAAAAUGGGGUGCCAGCCAUUGGAAAAGGGAAAACCAAAACAUAAGAAGGGGUUAUGGUCACCAGAAGAAGACAAUAAACUCAGAAACUACAUCCUUAAACAAGGUCAUGGCUGUUGGAGUUCUGUUCCCAUUAAGGCAGGCUUGCAAAGAAGUGGAAAGAGUUGCAGAUUAAGAUGGAUAAACUAUCUGAGACCAGGACUAAAGAGAGGGAAGUUCACCAAACAGGAAGAAGAGACAAUCCUCACCCUUCACCACAUGCUAGGCAACAAGUGGUCACAGAUAUCACAGCAUUUGCCAGGAAGAACAGAUAAUGAGAUUAAAAACUACUGGCAUUCAUAUUUGAAAAAGAAAGAGGCAAAAGCUAAGGAAAAGGGUUCUCAUAACCUAAUGAAGUAUGCUAGCUCAAGCUCCGAUACCAUGGACUCUUCAAACUCUCUCCAAAAUCUUGCAACUCAAGGUACACAGAGUUGUAACUUCACCAAAGAGGCUUGUCAAAGCUCCUUACCAAAACUGUUAUUUGCUGAGUGGCUUUCAUUGGAUCAAGUAAACUCUGCAAAUUCAGUUGACUCUUUUGGUUUGAGGAAUGGAUUUGAUCAAAAUUCAACUCUUCAGGAGGCUGCAAUCCAUGACAUGUCAGAUAUACCCUUUGGUGGAGGGUACCACAGAUGCUUGGCUAACAUUUCAGCCCCUGAGAUUUUAAAUUCAGAGCUGAAGUAUGCAAAUCAGAUGGUGGAAAAUGGUUUCAUCCUGCCUGGAGUUGACUUGAUGAGUAGCAAUUUCAGCAUGAGCAAUGAUGCGAUAAUGUACAUAUGAAAAGUAAGUUUCGGAGUUGGUCAACAAGGAAUAAUAUCAUUUUCUAAUUUUAUACAUACACAAAACAAUCAAACUUAAGCAAUAUAAAAUAAAAGUUGUAUGUUCUAUUCUUCUACCCACUUCCAAUUAUUUCAAUGCGAUGCCACACGCAUGAUUUAUUGUUUUUCUUCUAGAAUCGUCGUUGCAUACAACUAUGUAAUUUCGUUUCAGUUUAAGAAGUCAACUUCUGGUGGUCUUCGUUGUUUUUACAGAAAAUCACAUUUGAUUAAG